AUGAAUAAAGUGCUGACACCACCCGAACAGUUCGGAAAUGUCGAAAAAGGCCUUUAUCGUUCAGACAUGUUAUCUCCUCCACAUCUUCCCUUUAUAAAAUCACUCAAAUUAAAAACGAUCUUGCUUUUAUCUCCCGAAGUUCCAGCUCGUUCUGUAAGCAAUUUUUUGGAGGAAAAUAAUAUUAAAUUGGUUCAUUUGGGCAUAAAGGUCUGGAAACCCACUCCAGGCUGGCAACCCGUCAGUGAAGAAUUGAUUAAGGAUGGGUUAGAAAUGGUAUUGGAUACUGAAAAUUAUCCAAUGCUUGUCAUGUGCACUUCAGGCAUCCACGAAACUGGAACAUUCAUUGGAUGUUUACGAAAAUUACAAAACUGGAACUUUACUUCUAUUAUGGUUGAGGCUCGUUAUGUUAACGAACAAUUUAUUGAAUUGUUUGAUAUGGAUUUAAUUACUUUGCCGCGAAAUUUACCUUCGUGGUUUAUAGAACAAAAAAUGUUACUGCAACAAGAGGAAAAGGAAAGAUUGGUUGAAGAACAAAAUAUAUCUUAG